GACGCGGCCCGUGGCCGUGGCCGUGAAACGUGGGUAGGUUUCUCAUUUGACAUUUUUGCACAUAGCGAAUCCAUGGUCUGUAUCGUUGACAUGGCAACUACUAAGACACCGCAGCAAUUGGCUGAGUACGUACUAUCACAAGCAAAGUCACAUCGACCGCGUACAGAUGCUGACAGGCAUAUUGAGGAAGUUCAGAGUUUAUGGGCUGGUUAUGGUAGUGUGUUGAGGUACCCCCACUGCGCUAUCAACUCUGGCAGAGUGGAUGAGAAAACACAGGAGUAUAUUGGAGCAUCGAAGAUUGUUGUGAGUGCUAUUUGCAAGCUCGUCGCACCACCUAAGGAAGAUCAUACUGUUGGUCACACCAGAAAAACUCGUUCGUAUGACAAUGAGAUGAUCUUCUACGAAUCUGUGCGGCCGUUGCUGAAAACGUCGGACAACCGACAACGGUGUCACAUCCCUGAAGCGUAUUAUUUAUCGAAGAGAGGUACGGCACGAAUCUUCGUGCUCGAGGACAUGAAGGGAGCUUAUCCAAGGUAU